UGUCACGAGUACUGGAAUGUUCCGUUGCUAUGGUCUGUGUCAUUGCUGCUAAUAUCAUUUCAAAAACUCUUCGAAUUCAUCAUUUUUCGCCGGCUGAUGAAAAUGUUUGAGUUGCAGCGGUGCAAUGCGCAUUUUUGCGCCAAUGAUGUUAGCAAAGCGUUCAGCACUCAGAAUGAUACGGAUGAUGAGGUCAAUUUAUGA